UGGCACAUUUCCUUUUGAGCAAAGGUUGUAUUGAAUGUGAGGUAGCCACAGGCAGGUGGAUGUGGGUGUUUUUUUAGGGAGUCAUUUGAACAAGGCAUAACAAACAUUUGACUAAAAGAUUAUUUUUAUUGACACUGCUGGUUUGAUUCUUCUAAAAGGUCCAGAAAACUGUUACCAUGUCUGAGGGGUGAAAAAAGAUGAAGUAUUCAGCGACUCGCAGGCUGCUUUUGAAGUCCAAAUUGCUUAAAAAGGCUGCAGCGCUGCUGGUGACUGAAAGAGAGGAGCAGAAACGUGCUACAGAGCGGGCCGUGAAUGAGAGAUUCCCACCACUGCAGUUUUCAGGUCUGUCUGUCCAAGAACUGCAGGAGCUGUGCAGAGAUCUACACCAUAAAAUUGAUGUUGUAGAUGAAGCUCGGUAUGACAUGGAGGUCAGAGUGGCCAGGACUGAUGAGGAGAUCCAGUCCAUGACACAGAGGGUGACUGAGCUAAAGGGUAUAAAAAGACCAAACUUAAAAAGGGUGAAAAAAACGGCAGAUGACAUGUUGGGGGCCUACAAUGACCCGUCUAAACUCAUGAAGGCCGAUUUCAAGGUUAACCUCAAGACAGUGGAAAGAAAGAAAGAGGAUGAGAAGAGAGAAGAGGUGACUGACUGGCGUAAGAAUGUGGAGGCAAUGUCCGGAAUGGAAGGCAGGAAGAAGCUAUUUGAAUAAUCUUUGGGAAGCCCAUUAAAUUGUAGUAAUUGCACAGUACAGCAGGAGGCACUCUUCAUCUACAAAACAGUACAUUUGUUAGUUGUUGACACAUAUACCUCUCUUCAUAUCUGUUGGGAGAAUAAUUUGUCAACUUAUAACUAUUUUAAAAAUGUUACUUUUACAUGAAACUGUCCUAACUUGAUAAGCACAAAUUAAUGAAACCAUUACUUCUUCCCUUUUGCACUGUGCCAGUUAUGAUUUCACUGAGAGCACGAUUUAAUCAAGACGAACACUGACACCUAGUGGCUCUCAUGAAAAUAACUUAAAAUAACUUGAAAAUUAUUCAACAUUCAUGGCCCAGUACUGCCCUGCAGUACGACACAUUAAAUGUAGUUGAACCAAAUCAUUUAAUUUAAACAGAUAUUUGUGCUCACCUGAUUUGUGGAUGAUGACGUUUCAUUGGCCUCCAUCAAAGUCCAACUUGGAAAAAAAUAAAACACUUAAACCC